AUGUCAGAGGCCCAGAAGAAAAGAACACUCUUAGCAGUGAUAGGAGAUGAAGACACCAUAACAGGGAUGCUCCUAGCUGGGAUUGGACAAGUUGAUGAUUCUUCAAAAUCUAAAAAUUUUUUCGUUGUGGAUUCCAAAACUACUGAAGAUCAAAUUGAUGAAUCAUUUGAAGAAUUUGUUACGAAAAGAGAUGAUAUUGCUAUAUUGUUAAUAAAUCAACAUAUUGCUGAAAAAAUUAGAUUUAAAGUUGAUAAUUUUACUAAUGCGUUCCCAGCAAUUUUGGAAAUUCCAUCAAAAGAACAUCCUUAUGAUCCUGAAAAAGAUUCAAUCUUGAGAAGAGUUAGAAGAUUGUUUGGUGAAUGA